GGACGGCCAAACAUUAUUAAGACUAGUAGCUCAAGCGCUGGCUUAAUUCCUUGCUUGCUCUAGCCGCACACCACCCGCCUCUCCAUCUCCACACAACAGUACUCGCAGACUCUAAACCGAGUCGCCCAACGAGAUGGCCGGCUUCGCUAAGACGCUCAUCGUAGCCAUCGUCGUCUGCAUUAUCGUGGUCGUGGUAGUGACUGGCCUUUUAAUCUUCAUCGCCCUCAACUGGUCUAAGAUAUUACGUCGUGUUACUCCCGACCGUUGGGCAUCGCCGCCGAGCGAGAAAUCUACCUGGCCGGAGCCGAGGCCGUCCAGCGAAAUCGUCUCCUCGUCGCCUGUUACGUCUACAAGAUCGUCGAGAUUCAGUGCCGAUCCGAUGAUGACCAAAUUCACGUCAGAGCACGGCGAGGGUAUAACGCCCCCUCCCAAUGUGAAGAUUUGAGAGGAUAGACUUCAUACCACCUCUUCCGAUAUGAGGUACGAGUUACGAGAUAUGACUAGGAUUUUUGUAUAUAAGGCAUCAUCGGAGAAGAUAUUGCCUAUGGGCUGGUUUAAGGUGCGAUUACAUGGUUCAGCAUCACUGCACUGCACUGCUAGGCGUUUUGGAGUUGAGCGAUAGCCUCAUUGUAUAAAGGGGUCACUAUAUGGGGUCAUAGGGCAAGAUGGAGAGGUCGUAUAUCCAGCUAUAAGGCCCGACGACUACGGAGUAUAAUAAUAAUCGCAUUAAGGACAUGGAAUGAGAUUGUUAUACUAUAUCAAAGUGGUUUUGGGGAUCCAAUGUGAUUUCGAGCUUGGACGAACUUCCGAAGACGUCCCC